AUGAAAUAUUAAGGGAUUGUUGGGUUGCAUUCGAAGGCGAAUAUAAAAAUGGUCUUAAAGUAAGGUAGUGGGAUAUUAAAUGCAAAAGAACAAAGUUGUAAGAUUGAAUAAUACAAUUAUUGGACAAUAUGA